AACACCUCUGGAACCAUGCUCAGCUCUCUCCUGCGCUCAGCGCUCGUUUUGGCAGCAGUCUGCUUUCUUACAAGUGCAGGUAAGGGGUGUGUGUGUGUGUGUGUGUGUGUGUGUGUGUGUGUGUGUGUGUGUGUGUGUGUGUGUCCUAUAUCCUCUAUUUCCACAGAGAGCGUCAUCACCUGUGAGGUACGGAUGCAGCGACUGAGUUGUGAUCAAGGAGUGGUCAGUGUGCUCACAGUGGCCUACGGACGGACUAACAGACAGACCUGCAGUGAAGGCCGGCCCCCAGGACAGCUGGAAAACACUGAAUGCUCUCAUGGAGGCGCUCUGGAAGCCCUUGCAACCUGGUGUAACGGUAAGAAAGUCUGUGAGGUGGACAAAGCGAUCUUCAGUGACCCCUGCCCUGACACCUACAAAUACAUCCAAACCACGUACACCUGCCUCCCUGCACAUCAUGUCGUCGCUUGUGAGGAGUCGGAGGUGGAACUCUUCUGUGACAGCGGCCAGACGAUAGCGCUCAUUGGAGCGUUCUACGGGCGCGCCGACCGAACCACCUGUAUACAAGGUGUUCCUGACGGGAAAUUCAGUAACAUCACCUGCUUUACUCCUACUGCGAACCGAGUUGUAACUGAAAGGUGUAACGGUAAAAGCCGUUGUAGUGUCUAUGCACUGAACUCAGUGUUUCAGGAUCCCUGUUUUGGGACCGUCAAGUACUUGGAACUGGCUUAUGCCUGUCAAUAUCCCCUCUGAGGAGAGCAGCAGGCCUACACUACAAACACCAACAUCUGGAGACGCAUGCCCCCCCCCCCCCCCCAGCUCUCCACCUGAUGAAUGAAUCUUGAUCUUGCUUUCUGCUUUUUGCAUUAAAUGAUUAUUACAACAUUCAAACUCAGGCUCUCAUGCAGUCAUGUGUGUUGUGAAACAAAGAACAUAAGUGCAUACAAGUAGGCCUUCAUCUACUACCAGUGAGAACUUUUGAUGCCUUUACCGAUCCAUUUACACCAUUCUAUGCCGACUAGGUUGACCUUCCGAGGUCGGAGGUUAUCAAGGCCUUAUUAUUAAAGCCUUAUUAUUAAA